AUGAGGUUAGAAACUGAGAGGCUGCAGAUCCUCCACAUCUCUUCUGGGGGGCUUCAACGCCCACCGAGAUGCCCUCAACAAUCAUUAACUUUUCCUGAUCUUAAAUUGUUUUUUUGCUCUGCUAGGAUUUGUAUUCCUGUCAAAAUGAGCAUGAGAUAUCUGGGAUUCGUUCUUCUGAUUUGGCUUCCAGGAGCACUGCAGGCUCAGCAUUGUUCUCCCCCCAGCCUGGAAGACGGUUAUUUUAUUCCAAAUAAAGUAAAUUAUCCUCAUAAAUCUUUGAUUUUUUAUGCCUGUGGUAAUGGAAGAAAACCUGCUGUGGACGGGUGGUGGGCAACAAGCACUUGUGAAGGUGGCAGAUGGUCACAUGAACCACAAUGUAUAGAUGAAACCACUUGCCUUCGACUUGAGAUACCCAACGCAAAAGACAACGACAACAGAAAUGAUUGGUAUAUGCACAGAGACAAAAUAAGGAUAACAUGUGAAGAAGGGUAUGAACUGAAAAAAGGGGAUGCCACAGCUGUUUGUUUGAAUGGAAUCUGGACCUCUGUGCCCAUCUGUGAGAUUAGUGAUACUACAUGCGGUGAACCUCCUAAAAUCCUCCAUGCAGUCAUCGUUGGUCAGAAUUAUCAAAAGGUGUUUGCUUCAGAUUCUACAGCGCGGUAUGAAUGUGAAGAUGGAUAUACUGAAGAGGGUGCAGUGAGCAAGAAAACAAUCAUCUGCAUUCAAGGAAGCUGGACUGAAGGCCCAACAUGCAGCAAAAAACCUAGACAAGGUACUGGACAUGUUCGCACUGAAGAGGUAGAACAAUCUGGAAGACACACUACAUCUACAGGUAGAGAAACCGGACCAAAUACUGGUUCACGUGGAUCUACGGUGAGUGGAAGAGUUGAACAACCUUUGGGAGGCAAUGGAAACAGGCAAGACACUAGGCAGGAUGGCUCUACAGUUGAUGGAGCAGUUGGCGGACCCCCUACAUCCGCUGGUCGUGUGACACCAGGGUUGAGUGGAGGAUCUUCAACCAUCUCUGGAGUGGAUGACAGACACAGUAAACCUCUCAUCGUAUCAGUUGACCAGUGUGGACAAUUCCCAGUUGUUCUGAAUGGCGUUGUUGUGCAAAUGGAGGGAAUGCAUUUGAAAUACCAGUGUAACGGUUUUUACACACGAGUGGGUCCAGAGCAAGUGGUGUGCUACAACGAUGGAACCUGGUCUGAACAACCCAUCUGCAAAGAGGCUUUCUGCAUCGUGGAUCUUGCUCUGUAUUCUAGGAUUGGGAUAAGUCAAACUGGAACGGAGUAUGUUAAGGAAGGAGAGUCUCAAUAUUUUAGUUGUUACACCAAUCAUUAUCGCGAUCAUUUCAUCGUGUUCACAUGCACCAAGGGAAGAACUUUCUAUACUGAUUGUUGUCACGAUUAUUACCAUAGACACAACCAGUGCCGAAGUUAUAAGAAGCAAACCACUGCAGAGGAGCUUCUGAUGGACUGACGACCAGCUUUGAGGAAAACUCCAUCAAGAAGACCUUCACUUCACUUCACUUUUUCUAGAGCAGUCCCUGCACCAUUUGAAUGUAUCCAUCAGAAAGGAAUCACUAAUAAGAGGUGGAAAUAAACAAAUGAAUUCCACUAGAAAACAAAAUACAUAAAACCUAUGAAUAACA